GUUGGCGCGCCCGUGACGUCAGAGGCGGGCGCCACACUUGAAGUGGCUGAGGCAGGCGGUGGCGCAGCCGCGGCGCUGUCAUGGAGCUAGCGCAGGAAGCGCGGGAACUGGGUUGCUGGGCGGUCGAAGAGAUGGGGGUGCCCGUAGCGGCCCGGGCCCCGGAAUCGGUGCUGCGCAGGCUGUGUCUGGGCCAGGGGGCUGACAUCUGGGCCUACAUCUUGCAGCAUGUGCACAGUCAGAGGACUGUCAAGAAGAUCCGGGGAAACCUACUCUGGUAUGGCCACCAGGACAGUCCACAGGUCCGUCGGAAGUUAGAGCUGGAAGCUGCUGUGACCCGCCUGCGGGCAGAAAUCCAGGAGCUCGACCAGAGCCUGGAGCUGAUGGAGCGAGACACUGAGGCUCAAGACAUGGCCAUGGAGCAGGCACUUCAGCACACUCAAGACACCCAGCGUCGAGCUCUCCUCCUCCAGGCCCAAGCUGGGGCCAUGCGAAGACAGCAGCAUAGGCUCCGAGAUCCCAUGCAGCGGCUGCAGAAUCAACUGAGGCGCCUGCAGGACAUGGAGAGGAAAGCCAAAGUAGAUGUGACCUUUGGAUCUCUGACAUCAGCAGCUCUGGGCCUGGAGCCUGUGGUCCUGCGUGAUGUCCGAACAGCCUGCACCCUCCGGGCCCAGUUCCUGCAGAACCUCCUGCUUCCCCAGGCCAAGAGGAGCAGCCUACCAACCCCUCAUGAUGACCACUUUGGCACUUCCUACCAGCAGUGGCUGAGCUCCGUGGAGACGCUGCUGACAAACCACCCCCCGGGCCACGUCCUGGCUGCCUUGGAGCACCUGGCUGCAGAGCGGGAGGCAGAGAUUCGGUCCCUGUGCAGUGGAGAUGGGCUUGGCGAUACAGAGAUAUCCAGACCCCAGGCCCCGGACCAGUCAGACUCCAGCCAGACCCUGCCGUCCAUGGUUCAUCUCAUCCAGGAGGGCUGGCGGACUGUGGGUGUGCUGGUCUCCCAGCGGAGCACCCUCCUGAAGGAGCGGCAAGUCUUGACCCAGUGCCUCCAGGGCCUGGUGGAGGAGGUGGAGAGACGCGUCCUGGGAUCCAGUGAGAGGCAGGUGCUGAUACUAGGGCUUCGGCGCUGUGGCCUGUGGGCGGAGCUCAAGGCCCUGCGCGCUCAGAACCAGGAGCUGGAGGAUGCAGCUGGGCAUCGGCAGCUCCUGCUGAGGGAGCUACAGGCCAAACAGCAGCGGAUCCUGCACUGGCGCCAGCUGGUGGAGGAGACCCAGGAACAGGUCCGCCUGCUCAUCAAGGGAAACUCGGCCAGCAAGACCCGCCUGUGCCGGAGCCCAGGGGAGGUGCUAGCUCUGGUCCAGCGAAAGGUGGUCCCUACAUCUGAAGCAGUGGCACCGCAGAGCCGGGAGCUGCUGCGCUGUCUGGAGGAGGAAGUCCGGCAUUUGCCCCACAUUCUAUUGGGCACGCUGCUGAGGCACAGCCCCGGAGAGUUGAAGCCCCUGCCCACGGUCCUCCCAUCCAUCCACCAGCUGCACCCCGCGUCCCCAAGGGGCUCCAGCUUUAUAGCGCUGAGCCACAAGCUGGGACUGCCCCCAGGGAAGGCGUCGGAGCUGCUCCUGCCGGCGGCUGCCUCUCUUCGCCAGGACCUUCUGUUCCUGCAGGACCAGCAGAGCCUCUGGUGCUGGGAUCUACUCCACAUGAAGACCAGCCUGCCGCCAGGCCCUCCCACCCAGGAGCUGCUGCAGAUCCAGGCAUCCCAGGAAAAACAGCAGAAAGAGAACCUGGGGAAGGCUCUGAAGAGGCUGGAGAAGCUGCUGAAACAGGCCCUGGAGCGAAUCCCUGAGCUGCAGGGGAUCGUGGGGGACUGGUGGGAGCAGCCGGGCCAGGCCGCCCUCUCUGAGGAGCUCUGCCAGGGCCUGUCCCUGCCCCAGUGGCGGCUGCGCUGGGUUCAGGCCCAGGGGGCCCUGCAGAAGCUGUGCAGCUGAAGAGAGGGUUCAAACGGAAGCUGAGAACUUGACACUGUUCACCCCAACACCUCACCUCCCCCAGGACAUUUGGAAGAAAGCAGCACCAGGACUCCUCGGCAGUCAUCCCCACCUGCACCUGCAAUCCCCUCACGUGCUGUUCUGCUGCCCCCCUCAGCUCCGGGCCCCUGUCCUUUCAUCCCGCUAAAGCACCCCCUGAAACCCCUUCAUCACUUUCAUUCUCAGCAAAAAGUAAUUGAGCACCUCCUCUAGGUGCUGGGGAGCCCACACUGAACAAAAGAGAAAACCUGUCUUCCAGCAGUUGAAUUCUAGGGCAGGUAGACAGAGUUUACAAGAUAAGGAAAAUGUAUGUGUAGUAUGCUGCAAGUUAACCGCUGUGUGGGAAAUCCAGCAGGGGGUGGGAUGUGUGAUUUGAAUUGAGGGCCACACUGCCCAGGUCGCACUCCAUCAAGGGGUGAGCAGGAGCAACAGGGGUGGCUGAGGAAGGGCUUGCAGCUCGAGGCAACAGCACAUGCAAAGGCCCUGAGCCAGGAUGUGCUGGAAUAAGGGCCACUGAGGGGGACAGUAUAGGUUGGGGGUGAGGAAUGUAUUAAAAGAUGAGAUUGCCUUCUAGUUUGUAUAAUUUCUUUUUUUACAUGUAAAUCAGCCAUUUGGAAUUUAUCCUAGCACAUGGAUCCAAUUUUGUCUUAUUUUACAUAUAUCCUAGUAGCACUUACUGAAAUUCCCAGUCAGAGUGGCAGUUGCCUCUGAGGGAAGGUGGGUAGCAGGGAUCAACUGAGGAGGAGACACAGAAAUGUCCUAGCUGAUGGGAGUGUGCUGUGUUGAGCAGCGGCGGUGACGCAGGUGUAGAGAUUUGUCAGAGCUCAUCUAGCUGUAGUCUUUAAGGCCUGUGCAUUUCCCUGCGUGGGUUACUCAAUUUAUAAAGCAAAGCCUUACACUUUUGAGAUGCCACCUUUUUAUGCACUAAAUUUCCAUGUUUAAUUGGGUUAUAUCUGGCUUCUCUCCAGACCUGCUUUGUAUUUAACUCUUCAUGUGUCAUUCCCACAGUAGCUUAAUAGAAAGGCUUGUGAUACAUUGUCAUAUCUGUUUUUUUCUUUUUUUUUUUUUUUUUUUUUUGAGACGGAGUCUUGCUCUGUCACCCAGGCUGGAGUGCAGUGGCGCGAUCUCGGCUCACUGCAAGCUCCGCCUCCCGGGUUCACGCCAUUCUCCUGCCUCAGCCUCUCCGAGUAGCUGGGACUACAGGCGCCCGCCACCACGCCCGGCUAAUUUUUUUGUAUUUUUGGUAGAGACGGGGUUUCACCGUGGUCUCGAUCUCCUGACCUUGUGAUCCGCCCGCCUCGGCCUCCCAAAGUGCUGGGAUUACAAGCGUGAGCCACCGCGCCCGGCCUUUUUUUUUUUUUUUUUUGAGACGGAGUCUCACUCUGUUGCCCAAGUUGGAGUGCAGUGGCAUGAUCUCAGCUCACUGCAACCUCCGCCUCCCAGGUUCAAGCCAUUCUCAUGCCUCAGCCUCCCCAGUAGCUAGGAUUACAGGCACGCACCACCACGCCCUGCUCAUUUUUAUACUUUUAGUAGGGACAGGGUUUCAUCAUCUUGGCCAGACUGGUCUCGAACUCCCGACCUCAAGUGAUCCUCCUGCCUCGGCCUCCCAAAGUGCUGGGAUUACAGGCAUGAGCCACCACGCCCCAACCACAUUGUCAUAUCUGAAAUGGCUGGAUGCUCUUAGGUGCUUUUUCUUUUUCUUUCUUUUUUUUUUUUUUUUUUUUUUUUUUUUUUGAGACAGAACCUGGCUCUGUUCCCAGGCUGAAGUGCAGUGGCACGAACUCAGCUCACUGCAACCUCUGCCUCCUGGAUUCAAACAAUUCUCAUGUCUCAGCCUCCUGAAUAGCUGGGAUUACAGGCACCCACCACCAUGUCUGGCUAGUAUUUGUAUUUUUUGUAGAGUCGGAGCUUUACCAUGUUGGCCAGGCUGCUCUCCAACUCCUGGCCUCAAGUGAUUCUAUCGCCUCUGCCUCCCAAAUCUUCACCUGCUGGGAUUACAGUUUCCCCUGUCUCGGUAAUUUUUUUUCCCAAAUUAAGUGAACAUUAGAUUUAAUUUGCCUGGCCCCAGAAGAAAAACAUGCACAGAUGGUAGUUUUACUGGUGUUGCAGUAAGUUUUCAAAUUUGGAAGUUUGGCAGCUUUAUGAUCUUGAACCUUGCUGUCCAUCUCUCACACAACUCCUCUCUUGGCCUCCAGAGCCCCUUUACCCUCCCAGCUUUCCUCCUGCCCCUGGCUGCUGUUUCCCAGCCUUUCCACAUUGGCUUUCCCAUGCAGUCCUUAGUGUGCCCGCUCCUCCUGUCUCUCCUCAUCACAGUUCCCAGCCCCCACCUUCAACUGAACUCAACAAAAUCUUCAACUUCAUACAGUAGUCACAUUGUUAGUAAUAACACUGGCAUUUUUAUUUUGAUAAAAUAGACCGUUUAAAUUUU